GGGAACGGAUGAAGAUAACAUGGGGGAUGGUUGCUCUCAGAAGCUGGCUUCGGCCAAGUUUCUUCGACUUUUGCUACUAAUAUUGAUUCCAUGCAUCUGUGCUCUUAUCCUUUUGUUGGUGAUCCUACUUACUUUUGUAGGUGUGUUAGAAAAGACUUGCUUGUAUUCAAAUGGGAGUGAUAUCCUAGCCACGAAUGGUGACACCCCAGCGUCUGACAUUCCUUUGCCAAAUAUGGUUGAAAAUAUUUCAGGCGUGGCCCCCACAGUGGAUCUCAACAUGCCUCAGUCCUACUGGACCACAAGCCCUUUAUCCCAUGUUGAUAAAAUGCACAAAAAUACCAGUUUAUUUAGAGAGGCUCUACAGGAAAUUUCACUGAGUACUGUUACAGAAGCCCCAGGGCUCAAUUCUGGAUCUACAGAUGAUGAUAAUUUGACUGAAGCCCCUGAACACAACAUGUCAUCAUCUGCUGUUACAGUGGAGGAAAUUCUUUGGUCCACAGACACCUCCACCCAGAUCACAGACAGGAUGUCUGUGUUACCAACAUUAAGUCCUACUCACUCAGCUGCAUCGCAAGAAAUGGAUCUGAAAAAAAGUGCCUGCAUAAAUAUCACUUACAGCCAGUGCCAAAUGCUGCCAUAUAAUCACACCACUUUAACAUCAGUUCUUUCCAUCGUCAAAAGCAUUGAAAUGGAAAAGUUUCUCAAGUUCUUCAGUUAUCUCAAUCGCCUCAGCUGCUAUCAACACAUCAUGCUGUUCGGCUGUAGCCUGGCUCUUCCUGAGUGCAUCAGUGAUGGUGAUGACAGUCAAGGACUCCUGCCCUGCAGAUCAUUUUGUGAGGCAGCAAAAGAAGGUUGUGAACCAGUCUUGGGGAUGGUGAAUGCUUCUUGGCCAGAAUUCCUCAAAUGCUCCCAGUUCCAAAACAAAACUGAAAAUGACAACACUACGAGGGUCUGCUUCUCACCGCAGCAAGAGAAAGGAAAGCAAUUGCUAUGUGGUGGUGAUGAGAGCUUCUUGUGUUCCAGUGGAAUCUGCAUCCCUGGGAAACUGCAGUGUAAUGGUUACAAUGACUGUGAUGACUGGAGCGACGAGGCCCACUGCAACUGCAGUGAUGAUGCAUUCCACUGUAACACAGGAAAAUGUCUCAAUUACACCAUGGUCUGUGAUGGAUAUGACGAUUGUGGAGACCUGAGUGAUGAACAAAACUGUGACUGUGAUCCAGUAACACAACAUCGAUGUGGAGAAGGGAGAUGUAUAACAGUACAGUGGGUAUGUGAUGGGGACCAUGACUGCAUGGACAAGUCAGAUGAAGUCAACUGCUCAUGUCACAGCCAGGGUCUUGUGGAGUGCAGAAGUGGACAGUGCAUCCCCAGUGCUUUCCAGUGUGAUGGAGAUAAUGACUGUAAGGAUGGAAGCGAUGAAGAGAACUGUAGUGACAGUAAGGGUCAAACUCCUUGUCAGGAAGGAGACCAGAGAUGUACUUCCUGUCCUGAUUCUUGUGGCACCUCUUCCCUCUGUGAGAUGAGGAACAGCCAGACAAACUGUAGUCUAUGUGAGCCAAUUACCCUGGAACUCUGCAUGAACCUGCCAUACAACUACACUAGUUACCCAAACUACUUGGGCCAUAGGACUCAGAAGGAAGCAUCUAUCAGCUGGGAAUCUUCCCUUUUCCCAGCCUUGGUUCAGACCAACUGCUACAAGUAUCUUAUGUUUUUUGCCUGUACAAUAUUGGUACCAAAAUGCGACCCUCAAACGAAUCAGCGUAUCCCACCCUGCAGGGCACUGUGUGACCAUUCCAAGGAGCGCUGUGAGUCUGUGCUCGGGAUUGUAGGCUUGCAGUGGCCAGAAGACACAGACUGCACUCAGUUUCCAAAUGAAAACCAAGACAACCAAACCUGCCUAACACCUGAUGAAGAUGUUGAAGAGUGCUCACCGAGUCAUUUCAAAUGCCGCUCUGGGAGGUGUGUUCUGGCCUCCAGAAGAUGUGAUGGUCAGGCUGACUGUGAGGAUGAUAGUGACGAGGACAGCUGUGGCUGUAAAGAGAGAGGUCUUUGGGAGUGUCCCGCCAAGAAGUUGUGCAUCAAAUACACCAUGAUCUGUGAUGGCUUUCCAGAUUGCCCUGACAAGAUGGAUGAAAAGAACUGCUCAUUUUGCAAGAAAGAUGAGCUUGAAUGUACUAAUCAUGAGUGUGUGCCCCAUGACCUGUGGUGUGAUGGGCAUCUAGACUGCAGUGACAACUCCGAUGAAUGGAACUGUGUCAGCCUGUCUAAAAACAUGAGCUCCUUGACAUUCCUGACUAUUCACAGGUCAGCUACUGAUUACCACGUUUGUGCUGACGAGUGGCAAGAAAAUUUAAGCCAACUGGCCUGCAAUCAAAUGGGUUUAGGGGGACUGCCUACAACAGAAAUUGUACAAGAACCUGAAGAGCUACAGCAUCAGAAAUGGCUAAAACUGCACUCAGACUGGAAGAAUAGAAAUGCCUCUACAUUACAUGCCCUUCUAGUGAAAGGGCAGUCAUGUCAAAGCAGAAGCAAAGUGUCUCUUCUUUGUACCAAAGAAGAUUGUGGCCAUCGUCCUGCAGCUCGUAUGUACAAGAGGAUCCUUGGUGGCAGGACCAGCCGCCCAGGACGGUGGCCAUGGCAGUGCUCUCUGCAGAGUGAGCCAAGUGGGCACAUAUGUGGCUGUGUUUUGAUUGCAAAGAAGUGGGUCUUGACAGUAGCCCAUUGCUUUGAGGGGAGAGAGAAUGCUGCAGUUUGGAAAGUGGUGUUUGGUAUAAGCAAUCUGGAUCAUCCAUCAGUUUUCAUGCAAACCCGACUAGUGAAGACUAUUAUCUUGCAUCCACGGUAUAACAGAGCAGUGGUUGACUAUGAUAUCAGCAUUGUAGAACUAAAUGAAGAUAUCAGUGAGACAAGUUAUGUAAGGCCAGUCUGCUUACCAAGCAGGGAACAGUUGAUUGAGCCGGAUACCUACUGCUACAUCACAGGCUGGGGACACAUGGGCAACAAAAUGCCUUUUAAACUGCAAGAAGGAGAAGUUCGCAUUAUUUCCCUAGAACAAUGUCAGUCAUACUUUGACAUGAAGACCAUCACCAGCAGGAUGUUAUGUGCAGGCUAUGAGUCUGGCACUGUGGACUCGUGUAUGGGAGACAGUGGAGGCCCUCUUGUUUGUGAGCAGCCUGCAGGACGCUGGACGUUGUUUGGUUUAACAUCUUGGGGCUCUGUCUGCUUUUCAAAAGUUUUGGGACCUGGAGUUUAUAGUAAUGUGUCACACUUUGUUGAAUGGAUUGAAAGACAAAUAUACAUCCACACCUUUCUACUAAACUAACUCCAGAUGUGUAGAGUUGUGCUGACUGGCAGAAGGCAAAGAUCUUCAGCUCUUGAACAUUCAAGAUUUAGCAAGCAAGAAACUCAGGAGAGUUCUGAGCUCUAGGUGUUGUUGACAUGGAGCUAUGGAAAAUGAAAUAUAAGUGAACUGGUAAACUUCUGCCACUGAAGAUACCUUCUGGGUAGGUCUGAUAUGUUUGUAAUCCUUUGACUGCCUUUAGCUGUGUUGUGCUACCAUUCUAAGCACAACAAAAAAAGGCUUAAAGGAAGAUUUGGCCAGUUUCUGCCUUUCAGACCUCUAAAUUAAGCUGUAGCACAGAUUAGCAAACCUAUAAAAAGAUCCACUUAGUAGCACAUACUGUUUCCACCCACAAUUCUUGCAAUGAAGAGUAAAGUCAAUACAUUCACAGCAAUGAUGCCGAAGAGCUAUGCUAGCAAGGGAGAUCUAGGCAUCAAACUGCCACUUUAGUUGCCUUAAUCUAAAAUGGAAUACCUGCCUACUUCUGGAGUUGUCCAAGUAAAGUAAGUUUCUGCCACUUGGCUGGCACAGAACUGCGUACGUCUUGAUAGCACUGAGCAGCUUGGAGCCUCUCUCAUGCCUAAACAUUAUCAGUGUCCCCCUACAUACUUUACCAGCAGGGGAUGAACUGGUGAUGAGUUGUCACUGCCACCCUUUUAUCCAAUUGCUUAGAUUACUCAACUCGAAUGUGGGAAACCCCAGUUCAAAUUUUCACUGCCUUCAAUCCCCAUCUCCCCUUUCCCAGAAGAGUGCCCUAACCAACAGGUUGGGCUUCUUAAAUUUCUUUUUGUUGUUUCAAUUUGUUCUUUAAGUUGUUUCUCAAUAACUAAACAUUCUUUGACUGAGAUGGAGAAUGAUUUCAUAGCUGGGUAGGUAGAGCACUUACAUGAGGAGGAAAAUUUGGAUGCCAGCCUGCGCCAGAUGUAUAACUAGCAAAAUUGGCACCCUGGGUGGAGACCAGAGAACACAGGGGUGGUGGUAAGAUGCUGAGCAAAAAAGUCUACUGGAGACUCAAAGAUCCAGCUGGUACUGCCAUGAAAUGUUCUCCCCACACACCAGCCAGCAGCAGCUGCUGCUACCACACAUGCUUCCCAUCUACUGGCAGCUGGGCUUCCCAGGGGCCACCAUUUUGGCAGUUCCCUAUAAAUUGAUGCCUGGGGCAGAUGUGCUGCUCUCCCACCCUUAGUUAUGCUACUGUUUUAAUGCAUGUUUUGUAUCCAAAGCAGAAAAGGCAGAUGGAGCACGCUCCUUCAGUGUGGAGGAUCCUGGGCUCAAAACUAGUCAUGUAGAAGGGGUAUUUGAACUUGGGCUCUCCAUAUCUUAAGACAGUAGUCUUCUUGCUGUCUUAAAUGAGUACUGUACCCAUGGAACUAUUGUGCAGCCUAAGCAAUUAAUGGCAGAAGAGGACCAAUGGCUGAGAAUCCAAAAGUGGAGAUAGCCACUUCCAUCUUCCAGGGGUGAAGCAUUUUCUAUAGCCUAGCUCACACAGAUCCCACUCCGAACACUGA